UUUUUUGUAGCAUGAUGGUGCUGUUUGCAUCAAGGCAGAGAUCCCCAGAGCGUGCAGUACUAGUCGGGGAAGUGCUGGAGCUAGGAGAUAGACAGAGGUAAGGGGUCUGCAGGCUGCGGCUUUGCUGAGAGCUGUCCGAGGUGCUGAAAACAAGUCAUUGAGAGCUCUCUCUGCACUGAGAGCAGACUCCAGGACGUCUUGUUUCCUUUGCUCUUCUGACUCAUAGACAGAAAUUCCAAGUCAUGGUGUAUGCACCAGGGGAGAAACCAGGAAAAGAGCCAGAGGAAGUAAAGCUACAAAAUGCUAGUAAACAGAUUGUAGAAAAGGUGAUUCUGCAAGCAGUUCAGCAAGUCUCUCAAGAAGAGGAGCAUGGAGAGAAGAAAUCAAAUAGAAGAGCAGGUCAAGAGGUACCAUCUAGCAAAAUAAAACACAAACAAUGAAAGGAAGAAACAAAGUCAAAAUGGUUACCUUUCGAAGGCUUCAACAUGGCUUCAACAUGGCAGCCCAGCCCAGCCUAACAAUAACGCCAGCUCUGUAAUUAUAAUCAUCAAGAAAACCAAAGCAUUAUCCAAAUGUAGAACUAUUAUUGUUGAAAGUAGCACUCUGCUGUGAAGCAUUUUCUGUGCGUUUGGAGAAUUACUCACCCUGACAUGGGGCCUCUUUAUAACCUUCAUGAAAAAAGGAAGCAGUGGAUGCACAAUUCUUUUUCAUACAAGUUUCUCCUGAGUUAUAGUUUUGUAUGGAAGACUCUGCUAUUUUGCACAAUUUCAUUGUUUUUCCUGAUCCUCAAAGUAUAAUUUCUUUGUCAAUUACA